CGCUGUCCUCUUUGGUGCGCUACGCCGGCUUUUUUGUGAAUAUUCUGCAGCUUAUUCAAUCGUCGUAAUGCAUCUUCCAAGCUGUGAAGUGAAUUGAAGGAAUUUCUACAGCCUCGCUAAAGUGCCCAUUUCACUUGUGGUGACAUCAGUAUGUGACGAAAGGAAAGUUAGGUAGCAAGCGAGCUUGUGGUGACAAUCCAUGACUUGAAAACCAGAGACGAGGUAGGGACGAUUAACAGACAAACACAAACAUGGUCUCAAACUCAGCUGAGUUUGAGACUGUGUUUAUGUUUGUCUGUUAUUGUCCCUACCUCGUCUCGGGUUUUCAAGUCAUGGAUCAGUAUUUAUGUGCUAAAGUCAUUACUACCACGAAAACUCAACACAAAUAUAAUUUUGGGUGUCAGAAAAUUUAAUGUUAAUUGUUAAGAUUGCAGAAGACAACCCUCUGUUUUUUGUUUUGUUUUUGGCAGCCUGUAUAAAGAGCCACAAUAAAAAUGCCAGACUGCAAAAUUCAGGAGAAAAAUGCCACAAUGAAUGACCAUAUUAGAACAAAGGGUUCUAUGCUAUUGCAGGACAACCACGGAAUUGAAUUAAGCAAAAUGACCUUGGGUAGACGGGCUGUUGGACAACGUAACUGCAUGACGUUCCGAAGAAUGCCAGACAUUUGUGGGGUGUCUUUCUUACUUUUUUUAAAGCAGCGGUCUACUCAGGGAAAGGGCAAAACUUGGUCAUUAACCAUAUCAAAACCUGGGCUUAGUCUUUCAUACAUAUUAAAGCCUAGUGUUGCCUCGUCACCAGGCAUGAGGGAUUUUAUCACAAUUUUUAAGAAUAUACAAAAUUACAAUUGCGUAUUAUUUUCUUCCAUGCACAUAACAUGUAGACUAUGUAUAAUUUACAAAUUAGCAAGUACCUGCUGAGUGGGAAAGUGGGUACACGUAUGUUGCUUGUAGAGUGUUGAGCUUUAUGCUCCAUAUAUUUCCGAGAAAUUAGAGCGAAUAGUUUUUCUAGCAAAAGUUAAGCAAAUAAUCAUUUAUGAAGCCACACAUGACAUUCGUGAUCAUCUAUUCCUACUAACCAGCUGGAUUUGCAUGUCACACAAUCAUUUGAGCACAUUCUACUCGUAAGCGGAAUGCAGAGAUGCAUUCAUUAGUUCAUAUUUGUUUUAUAGGUCCCAUUCAAUGAAACAUAUUCUUUUGCGUGGCCAUGAAAACAACAUCUGUGGCUGCGUUUAUGCUGCUGUGAUCUAAUUGAGUAAAUAAAUUUCAUUUUCUGAUGCAGUUCAAUUGAGUCGGAGUGUGUAUUUUUUCAUUCUGGUACAUGGGUACAUUUGGCCACCGGUAAGUUGCCAGGCAAUAUUUCUUUCACUCAGGUGAUAAUGACAGCAUUAUUAUGAAUCAAGAUUCCAGUAUUGUCUUAAUUUAGUUAUAGUUUAUCACUAAUUCUUUAGUUUAUCCAUGUUUCAUGUUGCUUAGUUAGCACAUUACACUUUUUCUAUGGAAUAGAAGGGGCACAGACAAAAGGAGUAACACAACAACUUCUUGAGAACUUUGUUCAUUUCUACACUCGUGUGUCUCAUUUAAUUUUUUUUAUACGCCACGUGCGCCACUAAGACAAUGUUUGUGUAUGGUAAGAAUUCCACAAUGUUCUGCUAGCAGGGCCUUGAUUUUGAUUUUUGUUAACUGUUUUUCCUUCAGAUUUCCUGUAGAUGAUUUAUUUACGUUUCAUGGAGUCUGUUCUUUUGUAACGCUUUCACUGAUGAGUACAUUAAUGAAGGAACAACUGUGCUAACAUAUGUCUGUGUUGCUUGUCUCACAGGUGCCACGCCGAACACAAAGAAGAUAUCAGAGAGCAGGUACUGUUUCCCAGGGGCACCCACUAUUAAGUAUUGUUGGUGAAAGCUCUUCAGAUGAAAAUGAAGCGCAACCUCAAGAUCAGCUGUUGACUACAGUGCCACAUAGUGACAACGUGACCAUCUCUUUCAACACAGCUGGCAGCACCUGUGAUGAACCAUGCGAAGGAACAUCAUUUUCUGAACCUGUGUCUACAACUGACAAUGAAAGUGAACUUGAAGAAGAUAAUAGUGCCUCCCAAGCUACUUUGGAAGAUCGUCCUCCUGGGGAGCCAUUAUACCCUGGCUCAGUUCUGACAAACAUUGAAGCAUGCCUGCUCAUAAUGACCCUGGUGACAAAGUUUUCCCUUACGAAGGAAUGUUUGGGACAGGUCUUAUACAUCAUUGGGAGCAUUCUGCCGUGCCCAAAUACUCUCCCCAAGACCUGCUUUACAUUUUCAAGCUGUUGUCUAGCUUUUCAACACACUCACGAACUGUAACUCAUUACUACUGUAAAGUGUGUAAUGCAUACCUGGGACAUGAGAAAUUGACAGAGUGCUCCUGUUGUGGGAACGAGAAGCACGGAACGUUCCUUUACGUACCACUUGCAGACACAUUACGUACCUUUCUCGAGCAGGAAAAAUUAUAUCUGUAUCUGGACUACCCAAAAGCAAGACAAAAGAAGAAAUCUAGUGCCUUUGAAGACCUAAUUGAUGGCAAGGCAUACCAUUAUGAGGAAGCCCAGCACUCUUGCAACACGAAUUUUUCUCUGUUUUGGAACACUGAUGGUGUUAAAGUGUUCAAAAGCUCUGGGGCAUCAUUAUGGCCACUUCACUGUGUGAUUACAGAGCUUCCUCCUCUCCUCCGCAAGAGGUUUCAAAUUCUGUCAUCGAUUUGGUUUGGCACUAAGCCACUUAUGAAUGCAUUCCUAAUGCCAUUCUGCCGAGAAGUGAGUGGGCUGUGCUCCUCUGGACUGAAAUGGAUUCACCCUGAAACUGGGAGGCAGAUGGUGUCGUACGUAUCAGCACAGGUUUGUUCCGUUGAUGCCGUAGCAAGAGCCAUGUUGCAAAACAUCAAGCAGUUCAACGGGAAAUAUGGAUGUUCGUUGUGUGAGCACCCUGGGCAGUCGCAUGUCAAAGAAUCAGGGUCAGGAAAGCACGUGCAUAUCUACCCUCCGGGAUCCACGUACCGCUUGCGCACGUCACAGGGAAUGAAAACGCAAGCCGUAAAAGCUGUGGAACAAAACAAAGUGAUCAAAGGUGUUAAAGGACAGUCGGUGUUGUGCCUGCUGCCACAUUUCGACCUCGCAGCCAGUUUCCCCGUAGACUAUAUGCACACUGUUCUCCUUGGUGUGGUACGCAUGUUUCUACUUAACUGGUUAGACAGCAAGCACAGGAAAAAGGUGUGGUACUUAGGGAGAUGUAAGCAAGCGAUUGACAUGCGGUUGAUGCAGAUAAAGCCACCGGACUUUGUCACAAGGACACCUCGGUUCAUUGCUGAGCGGAUGUAUUGGAAAGCCAACGAAUAUCGAUCGUGGCUCCUUUACUAUUCCCUUCCAGUGCUGUCUGGCAUUUUGCCGCAAGAACACUUCAGUCACUACAUGCUCCUAGUUGCUGCAAUUUAUUUGCUUCUUCAGGACUCUGUAUCACAGAAGGACCUGAAUUCUGCUGAGCUGUUCCUAAAGAAAUUUGUGAGCCGAGUUGGUGACCUCUAUGGAAGGGAGUUUUACACGUUCAAUAUGCAUCAACUUCCGCACGCAACGCUCUCCGUUCUAAGGUGGGGACCACUGUGGUCGACAUCAGCUUUUUCUUUCGAAGGUAGAAAUGCUGAGCUUUUGCGAAUGGUUCAUGGAACGCAAAACAUUGCUAAGCAGUUAGCGUCGUUAGCCGGAGUUGGCAACGCACUGGCAUGUCUGGAAAAUCGUGCUAGAAUGUCAACCCUGGCAGGCGCUAUUCUCAGACAGUUACAAGGAGUGCACUUUUCUAAAGCAUCAUGUGACAGUGGAAAAAUCCUACUCCAUGGAAAGCCCUGCAGGCCCAGUGGUGACGUCCUUUCAGCUAUUUCGUCUCUUCAACAGUCAGGAAGCAACUUGAGAAUAUAUAAAAGGGCUACCAAGGGAACUUGUACCUUUAUCUCGAAGAUUUAUGAGGGCCAGUCACGUCGAAAUAACUACACAGUAACAUUCAGAACAGAACGUGAAGCUAGGUAUGCUAAUAUUUUUUGCUUUGCACAAGACAGUGGUGAAGUGUAUGUAUUGCUACAGGAACUGUCUAUUCAAAGUGAGAGACUGUUUCGAGAUAGGAACAUGGACAUAGUCUUGCCACACUUGAUUCCGGUCAGUAACACUGAACAGUUUCUCAUGAUUCCUGCGACACUUCCUUUGGUGAAAUGUGUGCGUGUGUUGAACUAUGUGUGUGUACGACCCAAUACUGUGGAACAGAACCUCUAAAUACGUCAGUGCACUAAUCUGCCAUUUAGAAAUACAGUCGUGCCUGGUUAACACGGUCACUUUUGUGUCUGAAAAAAAAACUGUUCAUAAAGAGAGUCAUCCACAUAUCGAAGCCUGCGGAAAUAACAAAAUAAUGACAAUAUAAGAAACAGUCAGCAAUUAGUAGAGCAGGAAAAGUCAGCCAGUAGACUAUGGCUUUCGGUAAAAAAGAAUAAAUAAGCAGAAAGAUGAAGACGUUGGGUACAGGGACGUAUAUGGGAGUGUAUGGAGAGUUCUGUGUGGCUCACAUAAUGAGUGCUUGCUCACAUAUAGCGCAUUUCACAAGUUGCAAUGAUGUAAGGUUUUUAAAAUGUCGCCAACACAAUGAGCCUGUCCUUUGGAAUCUGUUGUUUGACCAAGCUCACACUAAGCUUCUCCCUCCCCUGAGUGUUGAUGAACUGACAAAGCAAGGAAUGUGAAAGACCAUGUUGCUUCCCUAUGUACAAUAUUUAAACUGCCGUACAUAUUACAGAUCCGUUCAAUUCAUGUCUAUACUGUUCAUAAUAGCGAGACAAAAAUACAUAGGCCGUAUAGGUUUCAUGCCUUGCUGCACUGUCCAUCUUCUGAGAAGAGAGUUUUCAUACUCUUUUUUUUAAUUCUGUGUUAGCGCCGCGAAGCAACUGUGACUAUGAGUGGCAUGGACAGAUGGAGAGAGGACAGCAGGAAGGACUGUGGGACAGAGGCAUUAGCGUGCAUGUUUGGACGAUAUUCAAGGGGGGGGGUCAUACUAGCCAGGCGUAACUGUAUUGAAUAACUCUGGCACCCACAAAAAUAGUCGAUAAUUCAAGUUGUCCAUAGAGAUUGGGUCCAUAUUAGCGAGGCACAGCUGCUCAUGACUUCUUCUGUCGGAGAACUUGCACGUUCGUUCCUACCCAUACUGUUGUGUAGCGUAAGAUGAUUUUUGCUGUUGUGUCUGUUGUAUGUAAAAUCAAUCCAUAAAUAUCAGGAUAU